GAAGAAAUUCAAAAGAAAAGAACCCGCCGUGCAGUCAAAUUCCAGAGGGCCAUAACUGGUGCAUCUCUUGCUGAUAUAAUGGCCAAGAGGAAUCAGAAACCUGAAGUUAGGAAGGCUCAACGAGAACAAGCUAUCAGGGCUGCCAAGGAAGCAAAAAAGGCUAAGCAAGCAUCUAAAAAGACAGCAAUGGCUGCUGCAAAGGCUCCCACAAAGGCAGCACCUAAGCAAAAGAUUGUGAAGCCUGUGAAAGUUUCUGCUCCCCGUGUUGGUGGAAAACGCUAA